UGGCUGCAUCAUUGUCAUUGAAGAGCCGACUUUGGUUGCGGAACGACAACGAACCACUUCAACUACGUAUCCCUCAUCAUGUCAAUUUUAACCUUUUGGCGGUGUUGUACACGACCCGCUGCAGUUUUUGUGCAGCCCAGAUCUUCAGCUGCAUAUCACAAAAAGGUUAUUGAUCACUAUGAAAAUCCACGAAAUGUUGGCUCUCUCGAUAAAAAUGAAGUAAAUGUUGGAACAGGCUUGGUUGGAGCCCCUGCCUGUGGUGAUGUUAUGAAGCUUCAAGUGAAGGUAGAUGAAAAUGGCAAAAUAAUAGAUGCAAAAUUCAAAACUUUUGGCUGUGGCUCUGCCAUUGCUUCAUCAUCCCUAGCAACAGAAUGGAUCAAAGGGAAGUCGGUUGAUGAGGCUUUGAAAAUAAAAAAUGUGGACAUUGCCAAAGAGCUGAGUCUCCCACCUGUCAAGCUUCACUGUUCAAUGCUUGCAGAAGAUGCUAUCAAAGCAGCCCUAAGUGACUAUCGAAUCAAGCAGUCAUCUUUGGACAAAGCAGAGCAGUAAAUCUCAUCACUCCUUUUCUUUUAGUACAGUAAUUGUAAGCUAAUGUACCUCCUGUGAUGACGUAAAAAUAUUGUGCCUCAUUUAAUAUGAAAAAACAUGAGUUCCUUGGGAACUUGAAUAUUACUGUACUGUACGUAUUGUAUUUUAGUUUAAAGCUCAUGUCUACCUAAUUGUUUUGUGGAUAAAAUUAACAAGUAAGAAAACUUCUAUCUGAUAUUAUUGAUAUAAUUCAUUGUUCUACACAUUAUUUGAUUGUAAUAAUGUGAAAGAAAGGUUCUACACAUUAUUUCAUUGUAAUAAUGUGAAAGAAAAGUUGUAAAAUUUAUUUUUUGUAUUCAUGAUGACUGUAAAUAUAUUUAGUAUUGUAGCAAAUGACCAUUGUAGCAGUAGUUAUAUUACAAUAUGGUAUAGAGAUAAAAUUUAAUACAGCUUUGAAAUUAUUUGUCAA